AUGGAGUUCGCCUCGCUGGGAUUUGGAUUCUCCCUCCUGCCUGCAGCUGGGAAUGGCACCUGCUCCUCCCAGACCUCCUGGGUGUGUGGAUUUGUGGAUUUACUGCUUUUGGCAUCGUCCUGCUGGGACUGGCUGUGUCCCAGGGAAUCUGCCGAGGGACAGCUGUGGGACAGCAGCACCCACAGCCUGAGGCCGCAAUUCCUGCUUUUUCUGAGCAUCCUGGCUCUGCAGGAGGGAGGAUUCCAUGCACUCCUGGAGGACAAAUCCUGCUGCUCUGAGGAGCAUCCCGGGAUCUCUGCAGUGCUGGGCUCUGCCCUGGUGACAGAUUCCAACCUUUGUCACCACAACGACCUCGAACAAAGCCAGGGGACUCCCAGACCUCCUCCUCCGGGUUUUCCCUGCUUUCCCAAGAGGAAAGGCCAUGGAUUGGUGACUUUUGGAGACAAACCACCAGCGUUUCCAUGGCUCAAACCCUGCUCGAUGCUCCUGACGGGAUUUUGGUGCCGCCCUCCAAUUCCAGUCACCAAAAAGGGACAAAAAACCCCAAAUUCCAGGGUCCUGCUGAAGGCUCGGGGUGAGGGACAGAGGGGACAACUGGGACAGCCAGGACAGGACAGCCAGGACAGGACAGCCAGGACAGCCAGGACAGGACAGCCAGCACAGCCAGGAGCAGCUCCCGAGGAGAGGACAGACCCUGAGUCUCAGGGAUGGAACACCAGGGCUGGGAGAGCUCCUUCCCUCGUCUCCAAAGCCAGAACCUGCCUGGGCUCCACUCCUGCAGGAGCUGAGCUCCUCCCACACGGAGCUGACAGAACUUCAUUAACAAUUUUCUAAUUGCUGGGCUUUGGGAAUUAUCCUUUUGGAUCCUGGCCAUGGAUGGAUGGAUGGAUGGAGAAGAGCUCUUGGGUCAAACAGAGCUCAGUGAUUUUUUCUGGCAAGGACCAAGCGCUUGUCUGGAUUCCAGUGGAUUUUUUUUGAUCUUUAUUUUUACCCUUUUUCUCUUUUUUAUUUUUUUUUGGUGCUUUUUGGGGGUUUGGGCGUUUCCUGAGGAUGCUGGAGCUGCAGUGGAUCCUCUGUUGGGAGCUGGAGCCUUUGAAGAGCAGGAGCUGAGGUUUCAAAGUGUCUGCAGAGGCUCAUCCUGCGCUGGGAGGGCUCAGGAGGCUCCUCCUGCCACACCUGGAACAUCCCAGUGCAUCCCAGUCCAGGUGGGACUGGGGAGCAGAGCAGGAAUGUCACAGUGAGGGCAAUGUCACCCUCAGAGACAAUUAAAUUGCAUUUAAUAAACCCCACUGGCUCCCUGA